AUGAACUCGAAAACAUGUAUAAAUAUCCAGAGACACAUUGGCACCAGUCGCCCUUUGAAACUUGGUAUGAUACCAAUUGUUGUAGAACAAACAGGUAGAGGUGAGCGAGCCUACGAUAUAUAUUCUAGGCUUCUGCGUGAGAGGAUUAUUUGUCUUAUGGGCCCUAUUAACGAUGAAAUAAGUUCGCUUAUUGUUGCUCAAUUGUUGUUUUUGCAAUCGGAAUCUAGUAAAAAGCCUGUGCAUCUAUAUAUCAAUUCUCCUGGCGGUAAUGUAACGGCCGGAUUAGGAAUAUACGACACCAUGCAGUACAUCACUCCCCCGGUUGCUACUUGGUGUGUUGGACAAGCUUGCAGUAUGGCAUCACUACUUCUUGCAGCAGGGGCCCCUGGUAUGAGACAUGCACUUCCAAAUUCUCGUAUAAUGGUCCAUCAGCCAUCUGGGGGUGUCAGAGGCCAAGCGACUGAUAUUCAAAUUCAAGCAGAAGAGAUUUUAAAGCUGAAAUCGCAAAUUAAUGAUUUAUAUGUUAGACACACACAUUUACCUCUUGAAAGGGUGCAAAAUUCAAUGGAAAGAGAUUGUUUCAUGUCGCCUGUGGAAGCUAAAGCUUUUGGAUUGAUAGAUAAUGUUUUGGAACAUCCUCCAUCUCAUGCGAUGGAGAAACAAUGCGCAGCUGGAGGUGCAAGCACUCCGUCGAUCGCUCCAGCUCCAGCUCCAGCUCAGGCCUGA